UGAUGAUGCACAUCAGCAAUGGAAUCCACCGGCCGGUGAUGGAGGGAUGGACAAGAAAAGCAGACCCGUACCCCUCCCCUGACCUGUGCAUCAUCAGCAACUCAAGCACGGAGCAUGCGCACUGCACACACCAAACAGACUCAACAUGAGGCUGAGGGCCCUGCUACUGCUGCUGCCUCUGCUGGCUUUUACAUCAGCUUCUGAGGAGUCAUGUAUGGAUCGUUGUGAAAAUGGCUUUGAUUCUACAAAGAAAUGCCAGUGUGACUCCAUGUGCAAGUACUACAAAAGCUGCUGCUUUGACUAUGAAUCUAUUUGUGGAAUGAUGACACGAGGAGACACAUUUGUUUUUGCAGAAGAUGAUGAGCUGUUUGACAGUACCACUCCUGCCCAACGCCUAUCAGCUCGUGACCAUGGCUCUACUACCACCAGUCCCCAAGAAAGACCUACACAGCCCACUAUUGUGGACUUCAACUCCAGACACACACAUGAGAGCACAAUAGAGAUGAAUAAACCACAAAAAGAGUCCAUAGACACAGAGACUACUGUGAAUGGCACAAAUGCAGAGUCCACCACUGCCUCACCCACCACUAAACCCCCCACCACUGCACCCCCAGACCCAGAUGCAGAGGUGUGCAGUGAGCGACCAUUUGACUCUUUCAUGCAAGUCAAGAAUGGUUCCAUUUAUGCAUUCAGAGGGGAGUAUUUUUUUGUACUGGACCAGAAGUCAGUGCUUCCUGGUUAUCCAAAACUCAUAAAGGAUGUAUGGGGCAUCAGCGGGCCAAUUGAUGCUGCCUUUACAAGAAUGAACUGCCAGGGAAAAACCUACAUUUUCAAGGGUAAUAAGUAUUGGAGGUUUGACAAUGGGGUUCUGGAUGAGGACUACCCCAGGGACAUCAGUGUAGGAUUUGACAAGAUUCCUGACUAUGUCGAUGCCGCAUUUGCACUACCUGCUCCAGGGCACAACGGAAAAGAGAAAGUCUUCUUUUUUAAAGGAGACCAGUAUUACGUCUAUGAAUUUGUGCAUCAGCCGUCCCAUCAAGAGUGUAUCGGCAUGUCUGAGAGAUCACCAGCUACAAUGUUUAGACGUUACACAGAUGUCUACUACGGAAACUAUGAGCAGUUCUUCAGUGAGCUCUUUUCUGAUUUACCCCAGCACCAUGACCACCAUCACUUCAUUGACAAAGACUGGAAAGGCCUCAAGUCCCCGGUGGAUGCAGCAAUGGCAGGCAGAAUUUAUGUUUCGCCCUUGAGGUUUUUUCCGGGCAGAAAUGAUGACCGCCAACAGUGGAACCAAUAUAGUCAGCAGUGGGGUCGUCGCAGGCAAAACCGCUCACCUUACUGGGACACCAUGGCUGAAAGAGGCAUGAACAUGGGCCAAGACUUCGCACAAAGGGGCAUGGAGCUGGGGAUGAGGUUAGCAGAGAGAAGGAUGGAGAUGGAGGAGAGGCUUGGGAGAGACUGGACCAGAGGAUGGGACCAAGAUUGGGACCAGGACCGGCGCUGGGACAGAUACAAUUCGAACAACAGAGGAAACUAUGACUCCAGAAACAGCAGGGGAAACAGCAGGCUCUGGGAUCCUCUCCAGAGGACCCAGCCAAUUCAGACAGUCUACUUCUUUAAAGGAGAGAAAUACUACAGGGUGGACCUCAGGAGUAAGAGAGUUGAUCCAGCCAUGCCUCCAUACCCCAGAUCUAUUGCCAAGUACUGGCUCGGCUGUUCAGACACCACUGGGGCAGAGAAGUAAUUGUGAAUAAAGUACUGUAGUGUAAAAUUAAAUUGUAUUUAAAGAGUUUCUACAUGCUUUUGCAAUAUUGGAGAUCAGUAAAUGGUGAAAUACUGCUACUCUAGUUGUUGAGUGUAAGUUCACUACCUUGAUUUGCCUAUUGUGUAUUUUUUAAUUAAUUACAUAUAUUUAUCAAUAACAUAACUCUUACUCUUUAACACAUCAUGACAUGUUUUGAUGUGUACACUAGUAUACUCUAGCCUAGAUUAGUCAAACUAAAGUUCAUUGCAGUCAUGUUUUUCCCAUUAUGUGAUAGCACAGGUCAAAGUGCAAUGACACCAAGUAAGCCAUUAGGAAAUCUUUAGCAAAGGAGAAAUUCACUUCUGUCAACUGGACAAAAAAAAACUUUUGUCCAGUUGACAGAAUUUAAUUUUUGCUUUGCUGUGGCUCCUACCUGGGCAGCUGAGGGAUUACAUGAACAUAAAUAAAUCUGUUUUUGCAUAUGUACAUGAAACAAGUUAUACAUGUGAUAGUAAAUAAAAUGCAAUUUUAUAAAAA